UAGGAACCCUUGCACACACACUUUAGAUUAGUAAGCAUAUUAUACAAUAAUAUAGUAGUGUAAGCAAUAUGUGUAAUUUUUUGCAAGCGACUGCGUCGCCAAGACAAGAACGUAGAAUAAGCAAGAGUUAGUCGUGAAUAAGUAGCCGAUUCGUAUAAUACUGUGUUGUUAAAAUAUUCUUAUAAUAAAUGUUGAAUGUAAACAACACACCCUAUAGUAUGUAGAUUAUAAGUAAAAUUAUUCACACUGUAGUUCGGCAGACGCUGAAUAGGCAUUUUUGUAUAACUAGCAUAUUCUCUCUAUGUGGUAGUCUGUAGGACAAUCAGUCGUUGUUUUAUAUUACGCCUCGGAGCACUAUAGUUAUUCGUUUCAAUUAUACAUAUUAUUAUAUUAUUACAUAUAUCCGAUCUUAUUAUUAUUUACCUUUAGCUUCUGUAUAUCUGGUGUACUUUAACAAUAAAAUAAUUAAUAAAAUAUUUUCUUAAAGUUAAACAGAUUUUGUGUAGUGUUUUGAAUACAACCCGUUUAUUGAUGAUUCUUCUGCUGGUCCAUCUUCUCUAGUAGCUAUGACCCCAGACAAAUUACAACCAUCACCUCUUAAGUCAACUAUGCCGAAAUCAAUGUGUGAAAAGACAUCAGCACUUAAGUUCUUGCAUUCGAAAAAGAAGUCUGGCCGUGAAUAUACAGUUUCCAUUAUUCUCAUAUGUAUUUGGCUUUUUUGUACCAUAGUUCUUAUGGCAAAACAAGAAAGGAAAGUAGAUGAUGUCCAUCAAAUAACAUUAGCUCCAAAUGAAACUAAAACUCAGAUAAUAUAUAAAAACUAUAUGCCAAACACAAAUAAAAUACAAUUGAUAUUGGCUGGUGCAUUUAUGCCUGAUUAUUAUAGUACUUUGGCAACACAUUUCUUUAACAUUUGGAUAGAGUUUGAACCAAUUGUAGAAUAUGAUAUGCCCUCGAAUUUGGGAUUGAAAUUAGAAGACAUUCAUCAAAGCAGGAAUAUAACUCAAAUAUGGUCCAUACCAAUUGUGAGUGAAUCACUUGUUGAAGUUGUUCCUGAAAUGCAUCAUAAUAAAAUUUUUAAAUUAUUUUCCAAUGUUACUCUUCAUGGUGAUACUAGACUUUGUAUGAAUACUACAUUGAGCACUAACUUUCCUAUUGCAUUGACGUAUGAUUUGUUUCCAAUCAACACGGAAUAUGGUAUAAUUUAUGCUGCUCUUGUAUUGAUUGGACUUUACAUAUUAAUUAUAACUGAAGUUGUACACAAAUCAAUUGCAGCAAUAUUAGCAGCCACUAUGUCAAUUUCCAUACUAGCACUUUUAGAUGAGAGACCAACCAAAGAUGAACUAUCUUCUUGGGUGGAUAUUGAAACGUUGCUUCUCCUUUUCUGUAUGAUGGUUAUUGUUGGUAUUUUAUCCGAAACAGGAAUUUUUGACUACUUGGCAAUCAUAGCAUACAAAGAAACAAAAGGUAAAAUUUGGCCAUUGAUCAAUACAUUGUGCUUCUUUACUGCUAUUGUUUCUUCUAUAUUGGAUAAUGUUACCACUGUUCUCCUAAUGACACCUAUAACUAUAAGGUUAUGUGAAGUAAUGCAAAUGAAUCCAGUACCUACGCUUAUGUGUAUUAUAUUUUAUGCAAAUUUAGGAGGAGCUUUAACAUUAAUUGGAGAUCCACCAAAUGUAAUAAUUGGAACAAAUAAAGACGUUAUUGCAAGUGGAAUCGAUUUUACAACAUUUUCUUUACAUAUGGGUGCUGGUUUAGUAUUUAUAUUUAUAGCUGUAAAUCUACAUUUAAGGUUUAUUUUCCGUAAUAUGCAAGAUUUAAAAUUUACUGAACCUCCUAAUGUCACUGAAUUAAGACAAGAAUUGGCAAUUUGGCAAAAAGCUGCAUUUUCUUUGUCUUCGUACUCAAAAGAAGAAGGAGUUGUAAGAGAUAAACUUUUAAGGAAAUGUAAAACUAUAUUUUCAAAGCUUAAAGACACUCUUAAAGGUUUCAAAGUUGAUGUUCUACCAACAGAAAGACUUCAAAGUUAUGAUGAAUCUAUCAAGGAUUUCUUGAAUAAGGAAAAUCAUUUAGAUAAAAGUCUUUUAUGGAAAUGUGCUAUUACAUUAGGAUUUGUUAUUACUCUGUUUUGCCUGCAUUCAAUUCCUCAACUGAAUCUUAGUCUUGGAUGGAUUGCUUUACUUGGAACAUUACUUUUGCUUAUACUUGCUGAUCACGUUGAUAUUGAAUGUGUACUAGGCCGAAUUGAAUGGGCGACAUUGUCAUUCUUCGCUGCGCUGUUUAUUUUAAUUGGAGCAUUAUCUGAGCUAGGUUUGAUUGAAUGGGUAGGUAAACAGACAGAAAUGAUAAUUAUGUCUGUAGCCAAAGAGUACCGAUUGUCAGUUGCUAUAAUUUUAAUUCUUUGGGUUUCUACUAUUGUCUCCUCAUUUGUUGACAAUAUUCCAUUGACUACUAUGAUGAUAAAAGUGAUAACUUCUUUGUCUCAAAAUCCUGAACUAGAAUUACCAUUACCACCUUUGGUUUAUGCAUUAGCAUUUGGCGGUUGUCUUGGUGGAAAUGGAACACUGAUUGCUGCUUCGUGUAAUAUGGUCUGUGCUGGAGUAGCUGAACAACAUGGAUACCGAAUGUCCUUUAUGCAAUUCUUUAAAGUUGGAUAUCCAGUGAUGUUAGGUAGCAUAGUUAUUGCUACAGUAUACUUGCUUGUUAGUCAUGUAACAUUUGGAUGGAAUACAUAAUGUUGUUUGUUUCAUCAGAUUUUCAAAAAAAUGUUCCUGUGAAAAUAUCUAGCUGACAAAAAGAUAAAUUUAUUUAUUUUUAUAUUUUAGUUUGAAUUAAAAUUAAAAUUGUUUAAGUAGUAUUAAGUACAUUUAUGAUUGUUUAUAAAAAAAUCCCAUUUUUUUAAUAUUAUUAUAUACCUAAGUCAUAUAUUAUUGAGUAUAUAACAUUUUAUUAUUUUUAAAAAAUUUUUAAUUUUAUUCAAAUAAAUAAAUUAGUUAUAUUUUUACCAUGAA